AUGAAUUUUGUUGAUGGAACAUUGGAUCGUCGUAAUACGUCUAACGUAGAAAAGUUCUCUCUCGUCAGCAACCACAAGUUGGAUGGGAAUCGGUUUCAUUCUUGGAUUUCUACUUUAAUAAAGGGUAACGUUAAAGAUCUAUAUCUAUGCUUAUACGGAGAUGAUGACAAGUACCCCUUGUUGAUUCCCCCAUCUCUUUUUACUUGUGAAUCACUGACAUCGUUGGAGCUAAGUCUACACUGUGAUUUCAAAUUUCCUAAGUAUAUCUGUUUUCCAAAACUCAAGUGCCUUAAACUCCAUUCUUUUAAAUUCACCGAUGAAUGCUGGAAUCAGGAACUCUUUUCAAAUUCCCCUGUCCUUGAAGAAUUGAUUCUGAACUACUGCACCAUUCGUAUGAAAUAUUUUUCUAUCUCAAUUCCUACACUGAAACUCUUGGAAAUUAAUACUUGGGCAAUGGAGGCAACUGGUUUAGGACAAUGUGCUCUCAAAAUUCAUGCACCAAGUCUUGUUAAGUUUACCUACAAGGAAAAAGAAUAUAUUUUGUCUAGCUUCCCAACACCGGAGGAAGCAGUCCUUUGCUUAUUCAUUAAAAUAGGUUGUGCAGAUUUAAGUCUUUUACUUCAAGCCCUUGCACAUGUAAAAUGUCUAACAGUUUAUGAUCGAGCUGUACAGUCUAUCUACUCAGCAGACGAUCUGUCCAACAAUUCGCUGAAACUUCGUGGUGUCAAAAUGCUGAAAAUAUAUGACAACUUAUUUGCCACUGAUCAAGAACUAAUUGCUUUGCUAAAAGCGCUACCUAAUCUGGAGUCGCUCGUAUUUCAGAUGGCAAGUGCUUAG